AUGGAUACUCCUUCAGAAGCAGCAAAAGUAGAUCAUGAUGUAGCAGAACCCAACUCUGAUGCUACAAAUGACGAAUCUGCUGCUACAACUGAGACAGGAGAACCAGAACCAUCGAAAAUUGUGAGAACUAAGAACCUAGGGCAUCCCAAAAAGUUGAUGGUAACCGAUGCAACCCCUUCCAAUGUACCUCCUACUGCUUCAACCAUACCUCCUGCUGCUGCAAAAACAGGAGAUUCAUCGCUUCCUCAGCGUGAAUCUCAGCCCCUGAAGCCAAAACGACUUCCUAAACAAGUGGCUCGAAAAUCUGUGUGCCCAGUUUGGACCUCUUCAUCGUCUUCAUCUUCGAAGGCAUCUCCUCCACCUGCUGCAGUUCCUCCUCUUACUGCAUCAGUUCCUGCCUCUACCCCAUCUGGUCCUUCUACUCGAACUCGUGCCUAG